CCGUAGGAGCCCGCCCGCUCCUCACUGCUGCGGCUGCGCCUCCUUGUUCCCAGCGUCACCAGUGCCGCCAUGCCCGGAGGGCUGCUUCUCGGGGACGAAGCCCCCAACUUUGAGGCCAAUACCACCAUCGGCCACAUCCGCUUCCACGAUUUCCUAGGAGAUUCAUGGGGCAUUCUCUUUUCCCACCCACGGGACUUUACCCCAGUGUGCACCACAGAACUUGGCAGAGCUGCAAAGCUGGCGCCAGAGUUUGCCAAGAGGAAUGUUAAGUUGAUUGCUCUUUCAAUAGACUCUGUUGAGGAUCAUUUUGCCUGGAGCAAGGACAUCAAUGCUUACAAUGGUGCAGCACCCACAGAAAAGCUACCAUUUCCCAUCAUUGACGAUAAGAACAGGGACCUUGCCAUCCUGUUGGGCAUGUUGGAUCCAGCAGAGAAGGAUGAAAAAGGCAUGCCCGUGACAGCCCGUGUGGUAUUCAUUUUUGGCCCUGACAAGAAACUAAAACUGUCCAUCCUCUACCCAGCCACCACGGGCAGAAACUUUGAUGAGAUUCUCAGAGUGGUUGACUCCCUCCAGCUGACAGCAUCAAAUCCAGUUGCCACUCCAGUUGACUGGAAGAAGGGAGACAGUGUGAUGGUCCUUCCCACCCUCCCUGAAGAGGAAGCCAAACAACUUUUCCCUAAAGGAGUCUUCACCAAAGAGCUCCCAUCUGGCAAGAAAUACCUCCGUUAUACGCCCCAGCCUUAAGUCUGCGGGAACUGGGGCUGCAACUGCUCUCCCAGCACUGGGGCCUGAGGAUGACAGCUGACAGCCGUGGGUUCUUGCAGUUCCGUAGAAAGAUUGUGGCGUGGUCACAGCCGAAGUCGCGUAGGUCGCUCGAUAUACUACUGGCUCAUUAAAUGGAAAUGGCACCAAAACAUUCUCGGGAUUCUUUACUCUGUGCCUUCACCAGCAUUCUGCCCCUCCAUCCAUCACAGCGCCCUGCUGACUGGCUUUCUUUGAAACGAAUUAUGUGUUGGUGACUCCUUAGGUCUCUGCAGGGUCUGUGAUCAGCAAGGUAGUGUCAGUGUGGGCUCCAAGCUAGAAUGAUAAACAUCUUUUGUAGCUUUCCAAACUGAAUCUUCUGUUACCCAUUGUGGAGAACCAUAAAGUGGGGAGAAACUUUCAAUUCUGUACUUUCAGUAAAUAAAGCAGGGGAGGUGGGGGGGGGGGGAGAGUUCUCUAUAGGAAAUCCAUGGUGACUUUCUAUCAAAGUGGGCUUCCAAGAAUGUGUGGAAGACAGCACAUGUACCUCCUGGAGUUUCCAGGUCUGCUCUCUAGUGAUCUGUGAAUGUGAACUCGCCUUAUGAAAGACAGGCGGUGACAUUGUUUGCCACUAAAUGUCCUAAAGGAGUGGGUUGCCAUUUCUAAAUUCUGCUUUGUGAGGUUCAACAAUAAAAUCCUGAUUAGAAAACU